AAAAAAAGAAAGAAAGAAAGAAAGAAAAUCACUGAUUUAAUUUCCUCAAUCGAUCAAGAUCAGAUCGAAGAUCGAUCGAUCAAUCCCUGGAAAUAUUGUUUUUAUUAUUUGAAUCUGUUCUAAUUUCUUGUAUAGCUCUUGGAAGAAUAUCUUGGAGAUCAAGCUGCAAAACAUAAGUACUUAUUGUCUGAGAAAUCCAAUUAGGGUUUGUACUCAUCAGUCAAUAUCUGCCAUACAUUCAUAAGGUUUGUUGCUGGCUUUGGUAAUAAAAUCAGAAGAUCAUGAAUACAUCAUUUGUAGAGCAUGUUCCUCCCGGUUUUCGAUUCCAUCCGACGGAUGAAGAACUUGUCGACUACUAUCUCCGAAGAAAGGUUGCCUCGAGGCGCAUAGAUGUCAAUGUGAUUAAGGAUGUCGAUCUAUAUCGAAUCGAGCCAUGGGAUCUUCAAGAGCUAUGCAGAAUAGGGACAGAAGAGCAAAAUGAUUGGUAUUUCUUCAGCCACAAGGACAAGAAAUACCCGACGGGAACUCGCACGAAUAGGGCGACAACGUGCGGUUUUUGGAAGGCAACGGGUCGGGACAAGGCCGUGUACUCCAAGAAUGAACUCAUUGGCAUGAGAAAAACCUUGGUGUUCUAUAAAGGCCGAGCCCCGAAUGGCCAGAAAUCGGAUUGGAUCAUGCACGAGUAUCGCCUUGAGACCGACGAAAAUGGAACCCCUCAGGAAGAAGGAUGGGUCGUAUGCCGAGUAUUCAAGAAAAAGUUGCCGACAAUGAGGAAACUAAACGAGCACGAUUCGCCUUUAUGGUUCGACGAUCAACCUUCCUUUAUCCCAGAAUUGGAUUCGCCCCCGAUGCAAAACAACUAUUCUUACACUUCAUGUAAGAAAGAAAUGGACAUGAAGUAUGGUAAUAAUAACAAUACUAUUCCACAUGAUCAUCACUUCCUCCAACUUCCCCUUCUAGAAAGCCCUAAAAUUUUCGAUGUCUCCGGGGACCAAAUUUCGUCGUAUCCUGGGAUAAACCCGAGUGAAGAACAGUCUUUUUCCGGGAUUCCAUUGAUGCUAAGGAACAAUAUCGAACGUUGCUCGGAUCAGAUGACAGAUUGGAGAGUUUACGAUAAGUUUGUCGCGUCGCAGCUCUGUAGCCAAGAAGAGAUGUUGAGGGAAAACGACGAGGAAUUCUCUGGGGCCAUUGAAGAUUCGAUUUCAAGAAGUUUCAAUAGGCAAGAAAAUAAUGUGUCCGAAUUCGCAGCAUUCUUUGAUUUGCAGGAUUGAUCAUCGAGUUGUGAAAGUUAAGAAAAGAGAUGCAUAUGUGCUUAUAUAUCCGUAGAAUUAAGGGGAGAUUUAUAAUUGCUUCAUAUGUUCUUACAAGAGAUUUAUAUAUAUAUAUAUAUUGUUGUAAAUAAUUAUAAUGUUGAGAUUUAUAUGUAACCUAACUAUUGAUCUG